GGCGUGCGGCGCAGGCGCGCGGGGCGACAGCUGCGAACGCGAGCCACGCCCCCUUUCCCCGCCUCCGGCCGCUCCAUGAGGGUCUGGCGCGCUCUGCGGCGGGCGGCUGCCUCCUCUUCCUCCUCCUCCUCCUCUUCCUCUUCCUCUUCUUCUUUUCCUCGGAGGCGGGCAUGGGAGACUUCGCUGUCUCCGCUGGAGCGGGUGAGGCGGCUGCUGCCGCCCGAGGAAGCGGCGGCGGUGGCGCGGUGCGCGGCAGCGCCGCCGCCGCCGCCUCACGCUCCCCCUGAGGAGAAGGAGGUGGCGGAUCCGCGUUGCAGCCCUUUGCGCGCCGGGGAGCUGGCGCUGGCGGAGAUGCGGAGGAAGCACAACAGGCCGCUGAAGCUGCUGUGCCGGCUGGCGGCGGAGGCGGUGCUGAACAUCCCCAGCGGCGCGCUGCCCCACCGCGACAUCAUCGGGCGGCUGCCCGGGCAGGUGCUGCGCGCCUCGGGCGGGGCGCGGCUGCUGCUGCGGCGGCCCUCGCUGGACGAGUACGUGCUGCUCAUGCCGCGGGGACCCACCAUCGCCUACCCCAAGGAUGUAAGUGCUAUUUUAAUGAUGAUGGAUAUCCACCCGGGAGACACCGUGUUGGAAACUGGCAGCGGGUCUGGUGCUAUGAGCUUGUUUCUGUCAAGAGCAGUUGGGCCCAAUGGACGUGUUCUAAGUUAUGAAAUCAGAGAUGAUCAUCACAAUUUAGCUAAGAAGAAUUACAAGCACUGGCGUUCUGCGUGGGAAAUGGGACACAUGGACGAGUGGCCAGAUAACGUGGAGUUCAUUCUUAAAGACAUUUCAACAGCUGCUGCAGAUAUGAGAUCUGUAACACUUGAUGCAGUAGUUCUGGAUAUGCUGAACCCUCAGUGUGCUCUGCCUGUUGUACACCUAAGCCUGAAACAAGGUGGGGUGUGUGCUGUGUACUUAGCAAACAUCACACAGGUUAUUGACCUUUUAGACAGAAUACGGAGCUGCAAGCUUCCUUUUUUGUGUGAAAAGAUAAUUGAGGUAACUCACAGAAGCUGGUCAGUACUCCCUGCUAAACUCAAGCAUUGCAAAUCAAGCCAAGUGGUGGAAACUCAAGAAAAUAUUGAAGAACCACCUCAAAAUGAAUAUGAAGAAAUCCAUAUUCCGGAUCAAGCAGUUCUCAAAGAAAACAAAUACAAUGAAUCACUCAGUGAUGCUGCUGGAACAAACCACUCAGUGCCUUACAUUGCCCGACCAUCCCACUGGCAGGAAGCUCAUUCAGCAUUCCUUAUCAAGCUGAGAAAGUUUCGACCACUGCUUUCUUGAUGCUGCUGCCUCCUUAACUGCUAAUGUGAAUAUUGUAUCCGAAAAAAAUAAAACAUAACAAAGUAGAUGCUA